AUGCCAAUUGUUGAACCAGGAAAAGAGAGCAUCUUAAUAGUCAUUCCAGAUUACUAUAUCGAUAAAGUGUACAGAGGAAUCGCAAGGCUGCAAAUGGAUAUCUUAUAUUCCUUCGGAAAUGACGAGGUUCUCUACACUUCUACUGGUCCAGAUCCUACAGAAAUGCAUCUAUUCAUAACUCGAGGUGGUCCACAUGCCAAAUGCCUCACUUGCGGUGACCCUUCCUGCCGUUUCAACUCGGCGAAAGUUUCCAAAGACGGUGCAAACAUUCUCAUCGAGUGUCUUGGCCCUUCGCCUCCCUCCGUCUAUCUAAAACGUCUCAAGAGGACGGAUGUAGAUUUGGGAUCAUUAGAUAACGGUACUGUUGUAUCGAACAAUACAAAAUUAAAGGACUUAGUUGCUGCCAAAGCUAUGCCUGUGAUAAAGUUCGAAAAUGUUACACUUUACCGUGGAACAAGUUCAGAAGUAACACUUCGUGUCAAAUUCAUGCAGCCUCCAGAACUGAUCGAGUCACAUAUUACCCAAUAUCCCGUACUUCUUGAUACAUAUGGAGGGCCCGUUUCUCAGACAGUUACAACAAAAUACGUGGCAGAUUGGCCAACCUAUUUAGUGACACAAUUCAAGUUUGUUGCCAUCUCAAUUGAUGGGAGAGGGACAGGCAAUAGGGGGAAAAAAUUCGAGUCUGAAAUUCACAAAAAUCUUGGCGUUGUUGAAGUUCAAGAUCAGAUGAACGGAUUGAGGGAGAUCUUAAGGACGCACAAAUACUUGAAUAAGUCACGGGUCUGCGCCUUCGGAUGGUCCUAUGGGGGAUUUACGGUGGCAAAUAUGCUGGGACACCCUGAAAACGACUUCCUCUCUUGUGGGGUGGCAGUAGCGCCCGUCACCGACUUCCGUCUCUAUGAUGCGGCGUACACGGAGAGGUUUCUCGGAUUAUAUUCAGAGAAUGCGCAUGCCUAUGAACUAUAUCCAGACGAUAAUCACUUUAUAGCCCAACCGGGUUUUCGGCCGCAUUUGUGGGAGAAAGUUAUAACAUUCAUAGUGGAUAGUGUUAACCGGACUUCCAUUCGUCAUCGGCACAAUUUUGAUGAUCUCUGA